CACCGAUUUAUUCCCUUAGACCGAGCCUGAGCUCACCCGCUGUUGUUUGUGCAACAUAUUGCGAUGUGCCCAACCCCUCCUGCACUCGGCGGCGCCGGUUGGAGUACCUGACGGUCUCCAAACGUCACCGAGCUCCGGUUAUAAAGCCCAGGCGAUAGAGCAUCUCCCCGGCACUGUCUCUCCGAGAAGCGCAUCUUCGAGAAGCGAGCCAUAGGCGGGCAGAAAGAUGUUUUAUUCGGGUAUCCUGACAGAGCCGAGUAGAAAAGAAGUGGAGAUAAGGGAAGCGGCAUCUCUCCGCCAGCAGAGGAGGAUGAAGCAGGCGGUUCAGUUUAUUCACAAGGAUUCUGCAGAUCUCCUCCCUCUGGAUGGGCUGAAGAAGCUGGGGACUUCAAAAGAUACUCAACCACAUAAUAUCCUGCAGAGGCGCCUGAUGGAGACAAAUUUAUCAAAACUACGAAGCAGCCGUGGCAGCUGGACUCCAAAGAGCGAUAUCUCAGCACAGACCAACAAGCUGAAUCAGACCAAACCAAGCAGCUCAGGGAAAGCGGAGGACGAGGAGCUCAUAGUGGUGAGCUGCCAGUGUGCGGGGAAGGAGCUGAAGGCCGUGGUGGACACCGGCUCGCAGCACAACCUCAUGUCAUCUGCCUGCCUGGACAGACUAGGGUUAAAGGAGCAUCUCAAAGCACUCCCCGGCGAAGAUGAGAUGGUUUCAUUGCCGUACAAGGUGAGGGCGAUCGGCCAGAUCGAGUGCCUCGCCCUCACCGUGGGAGCGAUCCCCGUGGAGUGUGCUGCCCUCGUUGUGGAAGACAAUGAGAAACCCUUCUCCUUCGGGCUGCAGACGCUGAAAUCUCUGAAGUGUGUCAUAAACAUGGAGAAGCAACAUCUCGUUCUGGGGAAGACGGACAGGGAAGAAAUCCCGUUUGCGGGCAGUGGCAGCGCCAUGGUGGAAGAGCACAGUUCAGAGGCAUAAAGAGAAAUUGAAACACCGUCCCCACACAAGAGCCUGACAUCAAAGAAAUCCUGUGCAGCUGUUCCAGAUGAAACAGCAGUGCGCUGCUUUGAAAACAUUUAUACUAGGCUACGGCUUGAGUAGAGCUAAAUGAAAUCCUGUUCAGUAGCCAGUAAUUUAGAGAUAUUGUCAUGUCUAUUUAUGGGUUUUGAGAAACAAACGUGUGCUUAUUUUCUGGACUUUUCUAUAUAGUGUCCUCUUUAUUACGAACAGUUGGGAAAACCUUAUAAAUUUCUUGUGAUGAGAAAAAUACUUUUUAUAGCGGCCUCAUAUGAGUAAUUGUAUUUAGCUGUGAUUAGAGGCUAUCAGGAUGAAAUUUUUAUUAAUGAUUUUUCCAGGGGCUAAGCAUUUAUAUUCACUUAAUUGAUAUUGCCACAUUCAAAUGGCCAUUACCAGGAAGUUACUCAGAGUAAAAUAACAAUGCUAAUACCACCUAGGAAUUAUAGCUUAUCCUGUUAGCAUAGUAUUGUUGCCAUGUAAUUAGGGAUGCAACUGCUGGCUUGAUGAGAAAGAGCAAUUACAGAAUUAUUCAUGGGUUACAGGCUUCUCUGCAGUGGUGUGGCAGAAGCACAGAAACGGGGUUUGGGAGGGCUCCCGGGGUGAUCUCCCGCAGCCCCUGGCUCACCGCAGGGUUAGCACCGUCACGGGGGCAGCCCGUCGUGGCUUUGCCUUGCCUGGGCUCCAAGCCCCUGAGGAGGGAUCCUCCGGGCAGGUCUCGGCUGCCUUCCUAGCAGGAAUAGUCAGGAAAAUUAAUCAUCAUAUUGAGCCAAAAAGCAACAAACGAGCACAAAAGUAUGUUGUCCAGAAAGCAGCAGAUACAGAGCAGCAUUGGUAUAUCAGGAACCAAACGGCCCCAAUGCGCCCUCGGUUCUCCCCUGCCGCCAGGACUGGUGCCUCGGCCUGCCCGCCCAGCACCCAGCCUGAAGCACCAGCAGCACCCAGGCUGCAUCCCGGUGUGGGUUAUCGGCUCCACUUGGACUUUAAUGAUGCUGCCAGAAAUGCCAUAUUUUUAUACCUAUUUACAAGCCUCCUGGGAUCUUAAAUACAACAGUAACCUUGAUCACCCUCAGGGCAGGUGGGAGUUCUCACGUGGGGCCAGCUGUGUGCUGCGGGAGCGCUACUCUGGCCACUCUUGCUUAGCAAAAGCCCUUCGGCCUCGGGCAGGCGCAGCUGGGCUGCGGGGUCUCCCACAGGGACCCAUGUGGCCGCUCGUGCGCUUAAGCCUCCCCGCAGACAUUAACGCACCCACUCGCCCAGGCAUCCCGCAGUGCUUAGCAUCAGCCACAAGCAUCGAUGUUGCUGGCAUUCCCACUUAGGAAAUGUCUCCAUAGUCCUGAGCGAGGACCAGUAGCUCUUGUCACCUCGUGGCCAUCGGCUCAGGCCCAGAACCUGUCCUGCGAGCCAGGCUCCUGGCAGCUUUGGCCAGUCUGUGCCCAGUAACGCCAUCUCACGCCUGCCAUGGCAUCUAAGCUGGAGAUUUAUCUCCUUUAGUGGGCUUGAACCUCAAUAUUGGGUAUGACUAGCAAAUCUGAACUAUCUGUAUUUUGAGGUAUUUUCUAUUUUGGUGAUAAGUUUCAGUGCUUUCUCUACAUACAGUAUUUUAUAUAACACAGCUAUAUAUAUAUAUAUAUUAUAUAUUUACAGGGUUGGGCUGCCCAGGGCAGUUCCACCAAUGUGUUGUAGAAAUAUUUCACUAAAUAUGAAAUAUAUUUGAUUAUUUUAUAUGCUAUGAGUUUGGUAUUUUGGUACUUCUUUCUUUCUGUGCUUAUUACUGUGCUAAAUGUCAAAUUAAAUCUAAAUAAAGUUAAAUUGUUAUUGC